CGUUCCUCUGCGCCUCUAGUCAUUAGAAGAAUUUCCACACCAUGGAUCUGAAAACUAUUUUACUCCUUGCUUCGCUGGUGUGUAUGGUGGUUUGCUGGGAUGAGAGGCUGUCAGCAAGGGUUCAGCGAGAUGCAAGUGAUUACCAAGCACCGACUGCACCAAGCAGAGGCGCCAGUUUAGCCGAGUGGGAUCGGUAUCUGCGAGAGUUGUCGCUUUAUCGACAAUACGCUGAUAUACAAAGAUUUGGUAGAAGUGACGGAGGUGCUAAUAACAUUCACCAGCAAACACAGAAAAACCACAGAAGCAAUAUUUGGGACUAUUUGUCGAAGAAACUGGCCCUCGAAUGAAUUAGAUCCACGAAGUCAGAUGAAGACAAAUCUUGUUUGUUUUUAAAUCGUAUUUAUUCACUUUUUUUGUAUUAAUUUAUUGACAGCGAUAUUUUUAUUAUCAACAUAUCAUUAUUAUUAGUUUUAUCCCAAAUCGUUGAAUGUUGAUUGCUAUAAUGUAUCUUCAAUUUGCGUCAUGUCUUUUGGUAGACAUACUGAAAUAAUGUCCAUAUGUAAAGAACUUGUAUUGUACUAGUAUUUUUUUUUACGUAAAAUAUAUACACAUAUUUUUCACCGCGUAUUUCAAGUUUACAUUCGUGCAAUUUACUUUGGGAAAUAUUAAUCUACUUAACG